AUGUCGGAUUGCGAGUGGAGCUCUGACAGCGGUGUCUCAAACGCUGAGGCAAUCGCUGCCGCUGCCCUGAAUAUGCAUCUUGUCGAGCUCGUGACGUUGCAGCACCCGUCGCGCGUGACUCGCCGCCGACAUGUUUACCCGACCUCUGAUGACACGAAGGCUUCUUCCGCCGACAUCUCACAGCCAAGUCGCGCUAGUGGCGAGGCGCCUCGCAAGCACGCUCGGAUUGACAUUAGUAGCCUCAUCCGACAGGCCCUCUCGCAGAGCGGUGCGCACUGCCCAUCCGCCAACGUCGACGAAGUGGCGGGCCGAGUUGUCGCUGCGCUAAAACAGAGGGCUGACGGUGCGGAGGUGGCCCGAGCGGUCACCCGCGCGCUUGCCGAUCCACUUAAUGGGGAACUGAGAGAGAGCGUUCUCAGUGGUCGUCUGCGUCCUGAAGAGCUCGUUGCCCUCGACGAAGUGAGCCUCCUCAACCAAGCUGAGCGCGAAGUUCUGGAAAAGGCUCGACUUGAGCGGCUGAACCAGCACUCAGUGGAGUAUCUAGAGAGGCUCAGCCUCACCGUUACAAACAUGUUCACCUGCCCGGAGUGUGGAUCUCGUGAGUGCUACGCGAACUUCCGCUUCACCGACUUUGUGAAGUGGAAGGGAGAUGAUCAGACGCCGACGCUGCUGCGGUGCUGCAGGUGCUCCCUAUCCUUCCGUCAAUGA